AUAAAUUAUAUUGCUAGGAUAUACCUAGAUAAAUUUUUUAAAUCGCCACAAUAUUAUUAUUAUAACACCCGUAUAGAUUAACUACAAUUUUUAAAACAGAUUACAAACAUAGAAACUCUCGAGAAAUACUUUUAGCACAAAUUAAUAAAUAUAUUACAUUUAAUACUAUAUAAUAUACGAAAACUAUGUUAGUCAGUCCAGUGGACAAUAAUGCAGGUGGUCCGUGCCAGGGUAAACAGAAUUUCAACCAACAGUGCAGUCUGCCGCAUCAGAAGUCCGAAUGUUCGGUGCGUAAUGUUCGCGAACCAAUACUGCAGAUCACUUUCGACGAGGAACCAGAAGCAAACUUCUAUAAAAACGACACCUGCACUGAGAGUAACGACAGAGAGGCCACUGUUUGUAGCAGGAUCGCCAAGGACGACAACUGCAGCAUGGAGAGUAACAACAGAGAGGCCACUGGUUGUAACAGGAUCGCCAAGAACGGGGCCUGCAGGGCUAAGCCACGUGAGGAAAGCAGGGCCGCUAAAGAGCCAACGAGAGCUGAUGUGAGUAGAGAUGAUCUGAAGAACAGCUGUGCCCGUCAGCCGUCAUUUGAUGACGAGCAGCAGAAGAGUGCUGGGUCGUCACGACGGACCAACGAACCGUGGACGGGCUGCGAAUCGCUGCUACAGCUUUCGACGACUACGGAAGCAGACUUCUGUAAAAACGACACCUGCACGGAGAGUAAUGACAAAGAGGCCACCGGUUGUAGCAGGAUUUCCAAAAACGGGGCCUGCGGGGCUAGGCCUCGAGAGGAAAGCAGGCCCGCAAAAGAGCCAACGAGAGCUGAUGUGAGUAGAGACGAUUCGAAGAAGACCAGCUGUUGCUGUCAACCGACAUUCGAUGACGAGCAGCAGAAGGGUGCAGGGUCGUCGCAACGGAACAACGAACCGUGGGCGGGCCGCGAAUCGCUGUUGCAGGUUUCGAUGCCUACGGUCCGGCCCACCAAAGACCCGAUCACCGACCAAAAAUCUACACCACCGCCGACGUCAAACAAUCGGACCCUGACCAACCGAUCGGAUGGUAUACUGCAGGAAUUCGAAAAAGAAUUGUACAAGGUGGAACAGCGUCGGGCGAAAUUGAUGCGGUGCAUCAAGCGCAAACAGCGAGCAUUGAUGCAAGAAAACCGGGAAAUGCGAACAUCACUACAAAACUGUUGUGAACAGCAGAGUUCAGGUGGCGAGAAACAGUCACUACACGACAUCAGAAACCGUCGACCGCCGCAACAGGAUACCAGGGAACGUCGACCGUUCCAGCAUAAUACUAGCGAACGCCGACCGUCACAGUAUGACACUAGAGUACAUCGACCAUCGCAAAACGACACUAGAGUACACCGAUCGUCGCAAAACGACACUAACGAACGUCGAUAUUCGCAGUACGAAAUCAGAGAGCGUCGAUCAUCUCAUCACGACACUAGAAAAUGCCGAACAUCACAGGACGACACUAGACAACGCCGACCGUCACAAGAUGAUACCAGAAAACGUCGAAAGUCCCAGCACGGCACUAGGAAACGCCGACCGUCACAGGAUGACACUAGAAAACGCAGAACGUCCCAGGACAAUACCAGAGAACGUCGAUCAUCAAAGAACGACCUUAGACGAUGCCAACCAUCGAUGCUCGACACCAGAGAACGCCAAAGUUCGAAAGGCGAAAAUCGUCAACAGCCACAGGGCAGUUUUGUCUUCGAAUGUUUAUGCAAUAUCAUUGGGAAGGACAACAGUUUUAACAUCGAACCGGCCACAAAACAGGUGUCGUCUCGGCACAACAACAACAAUGCCCCUAAUAUGGCCGAAGUGGAGGUCGCGAGAAAAGACGCCGCUUCAACUGGACGUCACGGUGGCUCCGGCCGCCGCAACACGCCACGGAAUGUCGCCAGUGCGACGUCACCAGACUUGGCCGAGCAGAACCGUAGUCGUCAAGAUACUUUCCAGCCACGCGGCUGCCCGCGUCUAAGGGUGGUGGAUUUGAUAAGCUUUACCAAUAACAGUUCUGUUACGACGGUUGGUGGCACUCAAAAGCACAAUAAUCGAGGGUGGAAUGAAAAAUAAUAAUGCAUAACGCAACCCAUUACCAUUUUACUAAUUUAAAUAUAAAACAAAAUUCGUAUU